AUGAAGAAAGAGACCGGCAUCGAGACGUCGUCACUAAAUGCGCAGAUGUACCUGCAGAUCCAGCCAGACUGGGACAUUGCUGGUGAUUCCUGUUGGAUCGACGUCUACAAUCGCACAGUCAAACUAUCAACCGCUAAAGCGCAAACAGGCGGUCACGAAGACGAGUGCUUAACCGUCAAGGUACACUCUUGUCCAAGCUCGCAGUAUCAAUUGGCUCUAUCGCCUUCUUCCCAGGCCGUUAACGCGCCAAAGUUGGUGCAGAUGCUGGAUAAAGGAGAUUCCUGGAUCAAGGUCGGUCCAGUGGAGUUGGAGACGAGUGAAGCAUCGAUGCAGCAGCUGUAUACGUUGUUUCAAGUCCCUGAAGAGACAGUGGAAGUGCCGAAGGUGGAUGGUAACUUAAAAGCUCUUGAAGAUCGGAAACCAUCCGGACUUUUGCAGUUACACGCAGUGGACGUGUCACCAGACGAGAGAUUCGUGGUACUUGGAGGCUCAGACGGUGGCUGUAUGCUCUGGGAUAGACUCCACAGGACGCAGAUGCUGCCGUUGCAAGGCCAUGUAGCGGACGUCACGAGCGUUCGGUUCUAUCCGAGCUCGAAAGUGGUGCUCACGGGGUCGCUUGACUUUACGCUGAGAAUCUGGAGCAUUGAUGGACGCUGUGCAGCGGUGAUGAAGGGACAUCAAGGAGGCAUCGAGGACGUGGCGAUUGUUGGACGAGGAAGAAAUGUGCUGUCGUGCGGAACUGACGGACUCAUUCAGCUUUGGAAUUGUGGAACCCAAGACGUUGUUGCAAACGAGAACGAGGCUGAAACGGACGAGAAAGUGCUCUUUGCUGGGCUUGAUAACGGAGAGACGCUGGGUGUAGAUGUCCGCACACGUGCAGGAGUGCUCAACAUUGAUGGCCUUGCUGGCUCUAUUAUCUCGUGCGCUACAGCGACUGCAACUAUGUCUCCCCCGAUGCUUUUCACUGGCAGUGAGGACGGACUGUUCACUGUAUGGGAUCUACGCCAUACCAGCGUACCGUUGCACGCCUUGUCGAGAAGCUCAUCGCCCAUUCAUAGCAUUGUAGUCUCCGCCUCGUCAUCGAACGACGGGGUUUCAAUUUGGACUGCCCAGGGGGAUGGCGGAUGCUGCAACUGGAGCAACUUCCAAGGGACGCCACACAUUUACACGGAGCUAACUGGCCCUCAGUACGAUGCUGUGCGUGGUGUUGCACUUGCAGGUCAGACCGGUCGUGUUUUUACCGCCUGUCGCGAUGGGCGUUUGCGCGAGUACAUUCCGCAUACUGAGGCACGAGACUGA